AAUAUUAUAUCGCAUAUACCUUUUUUAUUUUUUAUUUUCCUUAAUUUUCCUACUUUAUUUAUUUCUCCUCCUUUUCCUGCAAGAACCCUAAAUUCAUUUCCUUGAAGAAUUUCUGCAGUCAUUUUUUUUUUGCAAUUUUUCCCUGUAAUUUUUUUGUUACUUCUUGAAAUUUUUUUGUAUCAGGAUAAAUUCACCAUUGAAGCUCUGUGCAUUCUCUGCAAUGGCAUAGAUAUAAGGCAACAAACUCACCCAACUGUCGUAAUCUGUACUAUUUUGUUUCUGAUCUUUGAAGUUACAAAGCAAAAGUCUCGGUUUUCCUGUUUUUUCGGAGCUGCAUUUGCUGGUUUGAGCUCAUUUUCAACAUAAAGUUUUGAUUUUUAGAUAAUUUUGUGUUUGGGUGUUGUAAUUCUACCACUUGAGCUGCAAAAAGUGUUGAUUUUUUACGUUUAUUAGGUUCUAGGGUUUUUAGGGUUUUAGGGGUUUUAAGUGAUCUAUGAGAAAUGGAGGCAAAGGAGGGAAUAAGUUUGGGGGUGACAGUGAAGGGAGAUGAAGCUCCAGAGAACUUCAGAGUGGCCCCCAGAACUGAAAAUUCAAUCUCUAACCUGAGCCCUAACCCAAAUCCUAUUCCUAAUUCUAAUUCUAAUACUAAUCCUAUCCCGAGCCCUAACCCCACCCCUAAUCCUAACCCUACUCCUAACUCUAGCCAGUUUGGUGGGCCCACCGUGACCUCCUCGCCGGCGAGCGCCGGCACGGAUGUCAAGAAGAAAAGAGGGAGGCCAAGGAAGUACGGACCUGACGGCACCUUAGCUACGGCAUUGUCUCCGAUGCCGAUAUCUUCGUCUAUUCCUCUCACUGGGGAGUUAUCAGCGUGGAAACGGGGUAGAGGACGGCCUUUAGAGUCGGUCAAGAAGCAAUAUAAAUAUGAAUAUGAGAGCACAGGGGAGAGAAUUGCGUACUUAGUUGGUGCAAAUUUUACACCUCAUGUAAUCACAGUUAAUGCUGGUGAGGAUGUCACAAUGAAGGUCAUGUCCUUUUCUCAGCAAGGAGCUCGUGCUAUCUGCAUUCUUUCUGCAAAUGGUACAAUCUCAAAUGUUACACUUCGUCAACCUACUUCUUCUGGUGGUACUCUAACAUAUGAGGGUCGUUUUGAGAUACUUUCCUUAUCUGGAUCAUUCAUGCCAACUGAUAAUGGAGUAACAAAGAGCAGAUCUGGUGGGAUGAGUGUCUCAUUGGCAGGUCCAGAUGGCCGUGUUGUGGGUGGUGGACUUGCCGGUCUGUUGGUAGCUGCUGGCCCUGUGCAGGUUGUUGUGGGCAGUUUUCUACCAGGUCACCAGCAGGAGCAAAAACACAAGAAGCAGAGAACUGAAAUUGCACCGGCUAUAACUCCUGUCAGUGUUCUCUCUCCAGAAGAGAUGAAAGGGGCAUAUGGUGGAGUGAAGCCAGUUCUCAUACCAUCUUCGUCCUUCCAUGGAGAUAAUUCAGGUCCUAUUAACCCUAUACAGGCCUUUAGGAACUCAGCUUCUGACAAUAAAACUUCUUCACCUGAGGAUGAAUCUAAAGGUCUAGAUCAAUCCAACUGCGAGGUUUCUAGUUGAUGAACUUUUAUAUAUGCUGGUUGUGUCUUCAUUGUUUUACUGCAGACAUAACAGCAUUUAGGCUCGUUCAACCUUGUUAGAGAUAUAAACAAACUGGCUAUUAUUAAAAGCAGAUUAGCGUUUAACAUGGUAUGGAUUUUAACCCAGAAGUGUACUCUUUCUUUGUUAGCUUUAGGUAGGAUUUAACAGUUUUUAGGAUCAUCUGCUGCUGUUGGCAUCAUGUAUUUUAAGCGUUUGUGUUGUUAUAGUGGAUGUAUGAAAACCUGGUGUGUCGAAAUGUCAAUCUUCUUAUUCAACUACUCUGUAGCCGAACAAAUUUAAGUGGAUGAUAUGUUGUUUAUGAAUGACUUCAACUUAAAAUUCAUGACACUGAAUUUUCCUUUUA